AUGAAGUUCUCCACCGCCGUUAUUGCCGCCGCCGCCGUCGCUGCCCCAGCCGUUGCUGAAUACACCAACUCCACCGUCACUGACAUUCACACCACCGUUGUCACCAUCACCUCUUGUUCUGACAACAAGUGUACUGAAGUCCCAGUCACCACCGGUUUAACCACUGUCACCGAAGAAGACACCAUCUACACCACCUACUGUCCAUUAACCGACGUUACCACCUACACUGCUUCCGAAAUCCAAACCACCGUUGUCACUAUCACUUCUUGUGCUGACGACAAGUGUCACGAAUCUGAAGUCACCACCGGUGUUACCACUGUUACUGAAGAAGACACCGUCUACACCACCUACUGUCCUCUUACUUCUGCUGCUCCAGUUGAAACCACCACCCCAACCACCGCUGCUCCAGUUGAAACCACCACUUCUGCUGCUCCAGUUGAAUCUACCACCCCAGCUACCGUUGCUCCAGUUGAAUCCACCACCUCUGCUGCCCCAAGCACUGUUGCUGCUGUCUCCACUGCUGCUAACGCCGCUAACGCUUUCGCUGCCCCAGCUGUCGGUGCUGCUUUAUUAGCUGGUUUAUCUUUCUUAUACUAA